UGGUAGUGGACCCAAAACUCUGCCAGAGAGCAAGGUGAGCUGAACGGCAUUCCUUUGAACAGAUCCCUGUCCCACGAACACCCAGAAGCCUUCUCAAUGGACAUCUUCCAGCCACACAGGAUCUGGUGACAGUCGUCUCAAAGGACAAGAUCCUCUGGACAAAAUGGCCACUUCAAUCCAUCGCCUGCUGACAGCUGCAGUUGUCCUUGGUACUGCAGCACUCAUCAGUACGUACAGCUUCCACAACUGCAUCGAAACUUCCAAGGAUGGCCAAAGAAAAGCUUUUCAGUGCGUCCAUCGACAUAAUAAGACCAUGUCUGCUUUCGUGGACGACCUGCCGACAACUACCAUCAACCUUACCAUCGGUGUGACUCCUGUGACUCACAUUCCCAGAGACAGCUUUGUCAGUCUGCCCCACCUUCAGGACCUCAGACUGGACCGCAACAACCUGUCCGACAUUGACUACUUGGCUUUCCACGAGUUGCAUGAACUUAAAUCUCUAAACUUGUCCUUAAAUAACAUCUCACAGCUCAACCCCGAUGUUUUUCAAGACCUGAGUAACCUUACUUUCCUCUCAUUGACUAACAAUCAAUUAAAGCAACUCCCUGAGACGAUUUUCUCCACAGUUCUCGAGCUAAACACGUUGAUCAUGAGGCAAAAUCUUCUGACGAAUUUCUCAGCAAUCGCCACAUCUGUGUCACAUCUAAGAAACUUGAGGAUACUGGACCUUUGUAUCAACAAUUUAACCUCCCUUACUCACACAGAAGUGACUCUGCCCAAAUCUCUGACAACAUUAUAUGUAUGUAGAAAUAAUUUGCUAACGUUGGGAUGUAAAUGGUCAUUUCUCGCAUCUAUACAGGUCCUAGAUUUGUCAUACAAUCCUCAUCUUCCGACAAAGGCUUUUGCAGGAGUGGACUUGGGAAAUAUAAAUUAUCUGCGUUUGCGUUCAACAAAUGUCCAAAUUGUUGAAUUUUUAAACCUCAGCAACAUCAGACCAGAGCACAUCGAUUUCUCCGGCACAGGUAUAAACAACACCGACAAGCUCAAAGACCUAUGCAAAACUAUGCAGAGAAAAAAGGUGAAAUAUUUAAAUAAAUUAAUACUUGGUAACAACGGAAUCAAGACGCUAUCAAACUACACACUGUCCCAGUGUCCAAAUAUCAUAACUUUAGAUCUAUCCCGCAAUGAAUUCAAGCCCACGAAUUGUCUUUCAUUCCUCACUGGACAAACACACAUCCAGAGUUUUCACGCUGAGCAUAACGUCAUUAGGUCACUCCCAUCAUGUAAAGUACCAAACAUGGUUCAAUUUAGCAACUUGAGAGACUUGAGUUAUCGAUACAAUCGCAUCCUCUUAGUCAACAAAUAUGCUUUCUAUCACACACCAAACCUUCAGACCCUAAAACUUAAUAUAAACACGAUUGCCUAUCUCGAUAACCUUGCUCUCAAAAAUCUAAAAAGGCUUGAGACUCUUCGUCUGGACAAUAACCUUUUAACCGACUUGUUCGCCAAAACAUUUGAGGAUCUUUCUAAUCUAAAAUUGCUCAACCUAAGAAACAACAGGAUUUCCGUCAUUUUUAAUAGGACCUUUCACAGUCUUGGAAAAUUGACUACAUUGGACCUUGGAGGAAAUAAGAUCACUCAUUUUCAGCCAGCAGGCUUUGAUGGGCUUAAAAAUCUGUCCAAACUUUAUCUUGACGGGAACAACCUCAAAGAGAUUGACCCUUCCCACUAUUUCGUAUUCCAAGAUAGACUCACAGUGCUGGAUUUAGAAAAUAAUCAGAUUCAGUUCCAUCCUGGAAGUCCCAGAUCACCAUUCAGGAAUCUCAGCAAACUCAGAGACUUGAAAUUGAGCAGACAGCAACCUUAUGGCAUAGCCGUUUUACCGGACACCCUUUUCCAAGGCUUGCACUCACUAAGAUCUUUAUAUCUCACUGACAAUAAAAUUGUUCACAUCUACCCUAAAACUUUUGAUGAUCUAACAGGUUUACAGUUCCUCACACUGGAUGACUGCUGUGCCGGUGUAACACAACUACAACCAGGAGUCUUUAAAAACCUGAGAAAUCUGACCAAACUGACUGUUGAAAAUAUGGGUAUGCAAAAUUUCUCAAAGGAUGUUUUUGGGAAUCUCACGCAGCUACGCACACUGCAGCUCAACCGUAAUGUGAUGCAGAGUAUUCCGGUUGAUGCUCUAGAGAGUCUACCUAACCUCCAGUACCUUGACAUACGUGACAUCCCUCUGAGUUGCACCUGCUUGAACCGCUUGCUGCAAAACUACACUCUAACAAACCCGAGAAUUCAGGUGGUCUAUCUCUCCACCCUGCCAUGCCUACAUGAUGUAACACAAAAGUUCUAUAAAUUUGAUGGCACGGUUUGUUUUAUAGACCUUGGAGAGUAUCUAUUUUUUUGCACAGCAGCUGUAAUUUUCCUCUUUACAGUGAUUCCUUUAUUGUAUGUCAAACUCUACUGGAAAAUGAAGUACAGCUACUAUGUCUUCUGUGCGUGGUUUAGUGACCAGUGGCGCAGUCUCAGAGACGAAAAGGAAAAAUGCAAAUAUGACGCAUUCGUUUCGUACAAUUCUUCUGAUGAACAGUGGGUCAUGGAGCAGCUGCUUCCCAACCUGGAGGGAAAUGGAUCGUCUUUUAAACUCUGCCUUCAUCACAGGGACUUUGAGUUGGGCCGUGCCAUUGUGGACAACAUCGUUUCUGCUGUGUACAGCAGUCGUAAGACCAUCUGUGUGGUGAGCAGGAGCUUUCUGCAGAGUGAGUGGUGCUCCCUGGAAAUGCAACUCGCCAGCUAUCGACUGUUUGACGAGCACCGAGACGUCCUUCUGCUUGUGUUUUUGGAGAAGAUCUCAGACAGGCAGCUGUCUUCCUAUCACCGUAUGAGGAAAGUUAUGUUGAAGAAGACUUAUGUGCAGUGGCCUGGCUCGGACUGCACGGACCAGGAGCAAGCUCAGGACUUAUUUUGGAAUCAGUUACGUAGGGCAAUGAGAACAGGAAGCAGACUGGAAAGAGAAGAAAUGGACCAAAGUGCAGCUCCCUCAAAAGUUUGACGUUUUCACAACGAAUGGAAAAUAUGAACGCCUGAACUACAGAGAGAUGCUUUAUUCACAGGAAUCGUCUCAGAAAGUUACUUGUGUUUUGCAGUGUUUCACUAGAGGGGGUAUUGAAAGCAUGCACAAAGAAAUGUACUGUAAGAUGAACAGAAACAUCUUUUAUUGACACAUGAAUCAGCAAUACCAUUUACUGUCUUGUGGUCAAUUUAUUUUUACAUUUAGCAAUGUUUGAAAUGGAAUGUGUACAUAUUUAUUUAAUGCAUUUAAAGCCUGUAUUUGCAGCCUGUACAAACUAAAUCAGAAAGCUUUCAUAAGAAAUACUUUUUGCUAAAAAGAUGUGCUUUGUCAGUACUCUGCAAUUUUUGCACCAGUCUAAUAGAUGUACAGUCCAAUAAAAAAUGAAUAUAAUACAAAUAU